CUGCUGAAUACGCAAGAAUAUGCCUAUUCCUCCAGAUCUUGUAAAGGUGUAUAAGUAUGUUGAUACACAGAGAGAACGUUAUAUACAGGAAUUACGCUCAAUUGUAUCGAUUGAAAGUAUCAGUAGCAAUAUCAAUUUAAGAUGUAAGAUCUCAUUGAUAAUCAAAUGGAUGGCCACACGUUUAAAAAAAUUAGGUUUCAAAGUUCAGCUUUUGGAGAUUGGGAAGUAUAUUCCGGAGAGACAUAAUAAAGAGGUGAAAAUACCAACAUUGAUCUUGGGAACUUUAGGCAAAGAGACUCAUAAGAAGGUGCUUCUUUAUUAUUGCCAUUUAGACGUCGUAGAAGUCAAUCGUGAGAAGUGGACCACUGAUCCUUUUGUAUUAACUGAGAAAAAUGGAAAAUUGUAUGGCCGUGGUACUGCGAAAAUGAAGGGAUCUCUAUUAUGCUUUCUUCACGCUAUAGAGUGUUAUCAAGCAUUAGGCAUAGAACUGCCAAUUAAUAUAAAGAUAAUAUGCGAGUCUCUAAAUGAAUGUAUGAGCGCUGGCCUUCCACGAAUUUUGGCUGAUCUCAAGACAAGUUUUCUCACACGUGUUGAUUGUAUUUUGGUAACGGAUGGAAAAUGGGUUGGUCGACAUUAUCCAUGCAUUCUUUACGGGUGCCGAGGUGUUUGCUAUUUCAACAUAUCAAUAGAUGGUCUACUUGAGGAUCUCCAUAGUGGCGAUUAUGGAGGAAUAGUUUAUGAACCUCUACAAGAUUUACUGUUUCUUCUAAGCAAUCUCGUGGAUCCAUUUGGGCACAUAAAGGUACCUGGAUUCUAUAAGGAUGUUAUGCAAGUGACACCGGAUGAAGAAGAUGUUUAUGGACAAUUAAAAAUAAAUAUGAAUGAGUAUAAAGAAGAUGCAGGUAUUAAAAAUCUUGCUUAUGGUGAAGACAUUACUGAAACUUUCAUGCAUGUCUGGCGACAUCCCACUUACAAUUUACAUUAUAUCAAUACUUCAGUUCAAUGCGAUUGUUCUGAUAGAUUGUUGAUCCCAAAGAAUGUUGAUGCCAAAUUUUCUAUUCGAAUCGUUCCUUAUCAAACCCCGGAAAAAGUAUCUUGCAUGGUACUUGAUUACCUGAAUAAAUUAAUGUACGAAAGAUGUACUCCUAACAAGCUGAAAAUCACUGUAGACAGUGUAUUGAAACCAUGGUAUGAAAAUCACCUUCACUGGAACUAUGAAGCUGCAAAGGAAGCUACAAAACAGGUAUAUAAAGAAGACGCAAAUUUCAUUCGUGAUGGUAAUGGAAUUUCAAUUCUUUUGGAAUUGCAUAAAAUAUUACCAAAGAAAAAUAUACUUUUGUUACCAUUGGUGAAUAGCGAAGCAAACAUUCACAGUGAAGAUGAAAAUAUUUCACUACGAUGUUAUUUUGAAAGCACAAAACUAUUGGCUAGUUACUUUCACAACCUUGAAAACCACGCACAAAAACAAGAACUCGAAAAAAGAAUUCGACAUCAUAAUAUUUGUGAUUUAUGAAUUGAUAUCGAUUAACUGAUUUAAACGUAUUCAA